GCUCUUAAAAAAUACGGUUGAACUCAAAGCGAGCCGCUGAGAGCCAGUGCCAAUUGUGUUUUCAUCUAACUUUCAAGUUCCAACCUAACUCCGAAGGCCGCCGACGGCUUUUGCUGCUUCUGCCCCUCUCCCGUUUGCUGCAAAGCUCACACAGAAAACCCUAACUCCCUACUCCGGAAUUUGAUAAUGGAGAAGAAAAAGUCUCGUAAAGAAAGUAGAAAAGAAGCUCGGAAGGCUAAAAAGCAUAAGAAGUUUGAUUCGUGGAUCCAACAUCAACAAACACAAAAAGCCCGGAGAAUGUUGCCAAAUUCAAAACCAACACACACAGUGCAUUCACGGAAGGAUAGCCAAGUACAAAGGCAUGAACAUUUACACUCCUUAAAUUCAAAGAAAGACUUGGACACUUCUCCACGGUUGGAUUCUUCUAAGGUGGAAAAUACGAGUUUGAAAAGGAAACAUGUCUCAAGUAAAAAUUCAAAGACAAUGUUUAUGGAGUAUCUUAAAAUGGAAAAGAAGGGAGACGCUAUCUCUGCGGACGUAGAUCUGAGAUUGGAGAGGAAACUCGCUAAGAAACUCAAGGUGAAGAAUGAGAAAUUGCGAGGAGAGGAUGAUAUCGAUAUGUUACUUGAAGGAAUUCCUUCUGUAGUUGACUGUAACAGUCAACUGAAUGAAUCUCUGGAGGGUACUGAUACUGACUCUUCACACAAGAAACUGAAAAAAAAGACAGUGGUUGAAGUUUUAGAUGGUAAACUGGUUUCUGAGGAUGGAAAGUUUGAUCCUUCAUGUGUUAGCUAUGUUGAGCAUGUCGACACAGAUUUACUGGCCAAACAAAAAGAGUCAAAAAAGAUGAAAAGAAAGAAGACAAAGUUUGAAGAGCUUCUUGCAACUGAAAUGCGUGGACAGGAUAUCUCCGCAGAUGAGGAUCUGGCUUUGGAAAGGAAGCUUGCGAAGAAGCUCAAGGUGAAGAGAGGGAAAUUACUUGGGGAUCAUGAUGAUAUGAAUAAUUUAUUUGAGGGAAUUCCUUCACUUCUGGAUUCUUUUGAGGAUGAAAAUACACAACUUGUUGGAGAAACACCUCGAAAGCGUGAUACGAGCUCCUCAAAUGAAAGAUCUAAAGAGAAAAGAUAUAAUAAAGAAGUGCAAGGAGAAGAUUACAAUCAAGAGGAAGAGCAGAAAGCUGAGAGCACUUCAUACUGUACAGAUGUGAAGGCAGCAGCUAGAUCUGCUGCCAAAGAAAAUGCAAUAUAUGUUGCUCCUCGCCUGAGGUCAUGCUUGGGAAAUGAUUCGGAAGAGUUCGCUCAAAUUCGUCGACGACUAAGAGGUCUUCUGAAUAGGAUGUCCGAGGCUAACGUGGAAUCGAUCACAAGUGAAAUUUCCACGAUCUACCAGACUGUUGGUCGCACCUUUGGUUCUCAGAUUAUCAAUGAUGAGGUUCUGGCAUCAUGUUCUAGAGGUCCGCGUGGCAAUGAACAGUAUGCAGCAGUUUUUGCUGCUUUUGUUGCUGGCAUGGCAUGUUUGGUUGGGAUGGACUUUGGCGCCAAACUUCUGGCAUCUAUGGCUAAAUGUUUUGAGGAUGAGUAUCAGAAUGAAGAUAACCUCUCUGUUAGGAACCUGACACUUCUGCUCUCAUACUUGUACACUUUUGGUGUUUGCUCAAGUGACUUGAUAUAUGAUUUCUUGGUGACAUUGAGCAAGAGACUGACAGAAGUGGAUGUUUCUACCAUAUUGACAGUGCUUCAAGCUUGUGGGAUGAAAUUGAGAGGUGAUGAUCCUGUUGGCAUGAAGAAUUUUAUAGUUAGCGUUCAGAAUAGGGUGAAUGAAUUGAAAUCCUCAUCUGGGGAAGGACAAUCAAACAGUAUGGGGAAAAGGAUGGAAUUCAUGCUUGAGAUGAUAUGUGAUAUCAAAAACAAUAAAAAAAGGACGAAGGAGGAGACCUUGCAGCUUACCCGAAUAAAGAAAUGGCUACAACAGCUCAGAGUAGUUGAUAUAUUGAUUCGAGGGUUAAAGUGGAGCAAGCUGAUUGAUCCUGACAAGAGAGGCCAGUGGUGGAUGUCUGGAAAUAUUGAUUCCACAACUGAUGUUCAAGAUGUUGCCAGCACAAUUGAUUUGGAGGUCACUGAGGCUCAAAAGAUGCUCCAGCUUGCUGCUGCUCAGAGGAUGAAUACUGAUGCAAGAAGGGCAAUUUUCUGCGUAAUAAUGAGUGGGGAGGACUAUAUAGAUGCAUUUGAGAAACUUCUAAGAUUAGAUUUGCAAGGCAAGCAGGAUAGGGAAAUCAUAAGAGUUUUGGUGGAAUGCUGUUUACAGGAGAAAGCUUUUAACAAAUACUAUUGUGCUCUAGCUUCCAAGUUAUGCAGCCAUGAUAAAAACAAUAAGUUCACCCUGCAGUACUGUCUGUGGGAUCAUUUCAAGGAGCUUGAUCAGAUGCAGCUGAUCAGAUCAAUGCACUUAUCCAAGUUUGUUGCAGAGAUGGUUGCUUCUUUUAGCCUUUCACUUGCUGUACUGAAGGCUGUUGAUCUCAGUGAUUCUUCACAAUUGACUCCAAAAAGAAUCAUGCACUUUCGGAUGCUAUUUGAGACUAUCUUGGAGUUUCCUGAAAAGCUUGUCUGGAACAUCUUUACUCGAAUUGCUCUUUUGCCAGAGUAUGAAUCACUUCGUGAUGGGAUUGUCUUCUUUAUCCGCAAGUAUGUCAUUGAUAGCCAAAAGUCUCUGGCAGAUAAAUUCAAGAUUGCAAAGAAGGCUCUUAACAAUGUUGAAGGAGUCAUCAUGUGAGUGUUUGCAUGAUAUAUUCUAGAUUCAGGAUUUUGCAGGAAUGGUUAUUGUUGUUGGAGCAACAGUAACCCAGUUUUGGUAGAUGUUUUCUUGAUUCUAUGAUCGUAGGAUAGGUAUGACGAGAAAUUCAGUAUAGACGGAUCCUAGUUAUGUGACUUCAAACCUUGGAAUUGCAUACUGUUUCAUUAUUAACUUUUUGAGGUAGAGAAAUGUGCAACUCUUGCCACAGUGUCUAUGUAACUUAUUACAUGCAUUGUAAGUGAACAUUAUUUAGGGCCAGGUUGCAAUUGCAACUAUACUGUAAUUUCAUUUGUUAAAUUUGGCAUCUUCUCUUCAAUUAAUAUUUUGGGAAUUAGUUGGUGUAUGUCAUAAAAGAUAUUGUGAAUUUUCUUGUUUCAUGGCAAAAAAUGGUUGUCUCUUA